AUGGCCGCGCGGUCAUCUUGGCGGCACACGGUGUGUACGGAUUGCGGAGGGACGGUCAUCGAGUAUGAUGCUGCUGCGGGAAACGGGUUCUGCGUGCAGUGCGGCACGGUGGUCGAGGAGAAUACGAUUGUAAAUGAGGUGACGUUCGGAGAGACAAGCACAGGCGCGGCUAUGGUGCAGGGGAGUUUCGUAGCGCAGGGUGCAACGCGCGCGCGGAUGGGCGGGAUGUUUGGCAACAGGGGAAACACGGAAAGCAGAGAGCAGACAAUCGCUAAUGCGAGUCGGAAAAUCCAGCAAGUCGCGACCGCAUUGAGGUUGUCCGAAGUCGUCUCGCUUGCCGCGACACGGCUGUACACCCUCGCAGUUGAGCACAAGUUCACGAAAGGGCGGAAGAGCAUGAAUGUCGUGGCCGUGUGCCUCUACGUCGCGUGUAGGCAGAAGGAGACGAGGAACUAUAUGCUCAUUGACUUCUCGGAUCUACUACAAGUUAACGUCUUUGAACUCGGUCAUACAUACCUCCAACUCGUCCAGACCCUCAACCUCCGCCUCCCCCUUGUCGAUCCUUCGCACUACAUUUCUCGCUUUGCUGCGCUCCUCGAGUUCGGUGAAGAGACCCACCAGGUCGCCAUGGACGCCAUACGCCUUGUCCAACGGUUUGACCGCGACUGGAUGACGAAAGGUCGACGGCCAGCCGGCAUUUGCGGCGCAUGUCUCCUGCUUGCCGCGCGCAUGAACAACUUCCGGCGGAGCGUCGCGGAGAUCGUUCAGGUGGUGAAGAUUGCGGACACGACGCUGAAGAAGCGUCUGGAGGAGUUCAGAAAGACACCUAGCGGCGCGCUCACGCUCGCCGACUUCCGGACGGUGUGGCUCGAGGAGGAGAUGGACCCCCCUGCGUACACGAAGGGGAAGGAGAAGGAAGAGAAGGAGCGCGUGAUUGCUGAGAACGGUGGGGUUGACCCGGAUCAGGCGAGGGGUAAAGGGAAGGGGAAGGGAAGGCGCAAGAAACGGAAGCGCGGAGAAAGCGACGAGGAAGAGGAGAUGGCGAGCGCUGCUCAGUACUCGCAGUUCGACGGUGCGGGUCCUUCCCCACACCAUCCACCCCCGUUUCAUCAGGCACUCGACGCCGCCCUGCUCAAUGAGGGUAUCCUUGCUGGUACCUCUCAGCCUCUUCCGCUGUUCCUUCCGGAUGAGGUCGAAGACAUGCAGUAUGGCAUGCGCCCUCCCCAGCACCCGCAACAGCAGCCACUGCCAAUAGACCCGUCGCUGCUAGAUCCGGAACGUACCUUAGUCAAUCCGUCCCAGCCAUCGCAGUUGCAGCUGCUACCUCCUCUUCGACCACAGCCUCCCCCGUCCAACGACCCUCCCCCAGACAAAGCACUCUCGAUGCCCGUGCGCGCGCCGUCUCCCAUCGAGGAAACCGUUGAUGCGGCUGUAACGCAAGAGGUCACCGACUUCCUCGAGAGCGCGCAGAGCACGCUGCUCAACUCGGCGCUCGAUGAGGCGGAACAGCGACGACAUGCGCAUUACGCUGGGGACGACGAGCUCCUUGGGCUCGACGAAGAGGAGCUGGAUCGCUUUAUCCUGACUGAGGAAGAAGUGCGCAUCAAAGAGCGCAUAUGGGUCGAGAUGAACAAGGACUAUCUGGAAGCCAUCGCAGCGAAGGCGGAACAACAAGAGGGCCAGGAGAAAGAGAAAAAGUCACGCAAGCGACGGAAAACGAACAACAAGCCUCGGGACGCAUCGACGCCUCAUGGGAGCACCGCUGCGGAGUCCGUGCGCAACCUCAUCAAGAAGAACCCCAAAUACAGCAAACGGAUCAACUACAACGCGCUCAAGGAGCUCUUUACAGACGAUGGCCCUUCCUUCCAGCUACCCGGUACGGAGGAGGACAAGGACGACGAGGGUGGACUAUACACUAUGGACGACAAGAGCGACGGAGAGGGCAUGCUCAUUGUCGAGGAGGGCGGUGGGGGCGUCGGCCAAGCGCCCCAGUCGAAGUCUCGUUCCGCAAGCCUCGUUCCUGGUGCAAAUGCGCUGCCCAUAUCCAGAAAAGGAACAGCGGUUGUUCAUGAAGGGGACGACGAAGAGGACGCUGAAGGCGAGGAGGAUGUUGAGGAGGACGCGGAGAAGGACGACACAUAUGGGGAGUGGGAUGUGUAUGAGCAGGAAGUUUGA